AAUGAAGAUCCGGUACAAUUUAAACAAAAUAUAGAGUAAAGUUAGCUUUAAUUAUUGUUUUACUAAACAUAAUGGCGAAGAAAGGAGAGUUGGAGGCUUGUUGGAGUAAAAUAAACUAUGCUUUUCCUAUCUUAAACGGAACAAUAUUUACUGAAUGCACCAAUGAAGAAUAUGAAGACAUCCAAGAAAUUGUUAUUAAUUUAGGUAUUCAAAUUAAAAUUCGUGAUUUAGUGAUUAUUCAUAUUGAAAAGUAUGUUCGCCAAAACACAGUGCCAUCUUUUUGGGCUAAGUUUGUAAAAUCGGACGUGGAGGUGAAAGGAUUUCAAUUAUUCAAAACUGCUAUCAAUGACUUAUAUGAUUCGGUCACAAACUUCGAACCAAUGUUACGAAAAUUGAGCUUAUUAAACAGUAAUUGUUCUGAUAACAUGCCUAUAUUCGGAGAAAGAGAUAUUAUACUGGGUUUUAAGCAACUGCUCCGUGCUACACUGUUAGCUCAAAUACCUCUUGAAUUCCAAUAUAUCAUUUACUUUUUUUAUAAAGUUUCAUUCAAUGUAUUUGAUAAUGAAUACGAAAAUUCCGAUAUGGGCGAGGAUGUGAUGUGCUCAGGUUGUUGGAAUGAUUAUUCAGAUUGUAACUGUGCUUACAUUGUCAAAGUGUUUCAUGACACAAACCGCAAGCUUAUGGAACUUCAAUUGUUGGAGAGGUUGGCUGGUCAGGUUUUGACUAACUUUAUUCAAAUGAGAAUAGAAAGCCAUAUACAGAAACUUUGUACCGGCACAUUUGAUGUUUCUCACAUAGCAUUUCUAGAGAAUUGGCUUGAUACAACAGUGAUGUCAUGGCUUACAAGAAUAUACUGCGGGGGAUCCUCUAAACCUCCUCCAGAUGAUAAGAAUGUUCAAAAUGCCAUUUCAAAGUUUAAGCAAAAGCUUAGCUAUUAUUUAUAUCACAGUUAUACAAAACUAAGAAUAGAUCAACUUUUUAAUAUAAUUAUUGAAUAUCCAGAUUCACAACCUGCUGUAGAUGACAUUAAACUGUGUCUUGACAAAACAGACUUACGACCCACACUAUGUAAAAAUCUGCAGACAGCAUUGGAAACAAGACUGUUACACCCUGGUGUGAACACAUCUGAAAUAUUAACAGCAUAUGUGUCCACAAUUAGAACAUUGAGACAUCUAGAUCCUUCAGGAGUCAUUUUGGAAACAGUUACAAAACCUGUAAGAAAUUAUUUGAGGAAUAGAGAAGAUACAGUCAGAAGUGUGGUUAGUAGUUUGACUGAAGAUGGGGUUGGAAGUGAAUUGGCUGAGGAGUUGGCAAAAUUUGCAGCUGAUGGAGAGGAUGAUCUUGAAAAAGAAGAUUUGUGGGAUGAAUGGAACCCUGAUCCAGUGGAUGCUGAUCCUAAAGCAAACUCUAGUGAUAGAAAAGCAAGUGAUAUUAUAUCCAUGCUUGUAAAUGUUUAUGGUAGUAAGGAGUUAUUUGUCAAUGAGUAUAGAACAUUACUGGCUGACAGAUUAUUGGGUCAAACAGUAAUCAACACCGAAAAAGAAAUAACAUAUUUAGAAUUAUUAAAAUUAAGAUUUGGUGAAUCACAACUACAUUUCUGUGAAGUUAUGUUAAAAGAUGUUUAUGACUCCAAGAGAAUAAAUGCACUUAUUCAUCAAGAUAACAGUUUUGGUGACUCUCAUAUCAUGUGCAAUGGGAUGAUAUUGUCUGCACAGUUUUGGCCUCCAUUUAAAGAUGAAAGUCUCGAGUUGCCAGAUGUAAUAAAGCAACUUUUAGAAAGGUACACAAAAUGUUUUGAAGCGUUAAAAGGCAAUAGAACCUUAAAUUGGAUACCUCAUUUGGGAAAUGUGAAUAUUGAAAUAGAAAUUGGACAAAAGAAACUAGAUUUAACUGUUUCACCAUUCAAUGCAACUUUAAUUAUGCAUUUCCAAGAUAAGCCAGAGUGGUCUUUAGAGGAAUUGCACCAAGUAAUGAAGGUACCAAUUACAAUUCUGAGAAGGAAAAUAACUUAUUGGCAGUCAAUGGGUCUCAUAUCAGAGAAAAGUGCAGAUUAUUAUGUGUUGGUGGAUGGCAAUGAUGCAAAUAGAUCCAAUGUUGCCACAAGUCAGGUUCAAGAAAUGAUUUGUGAGGAUGAGGAGUCGGAGAGUGUUAUGGCAUCUGCUCAUGAUCAAAGAGAAGGAGAAUUGCAAGUGUUUUGGUCUUAUAUUGUUGGUAUGUUAACCAAUUUAGAUUCUUUGCCACUAGAUCGCAUACACCAGAUGUUGAAGAUGUUUGCCUCCCAAGCUCCAGGUACAGAGUGCAGUAUUCAAGAGCUCAGACAGUUUUUAGACACCAAAGUGAGAACACAUCAACUUGUACUUCAAGGCUCCAUGUAUAAAUUACCAAAGACAUAGGAAUAAAUAAGAUGAAAAAAGUUUAA